AUGUCCGAUGAAGGCUUACCGUUUUGGUAUACUGUGUGUUUAAUACUGGAUGAAAUAACUCACUAUCAACAGCUUUAUCUGGAACCUAUUCUUUCCAUUAUUGGCUUUUUUGCGAACAUUGUCCAUUUGCUGAUUCUAAUCAGAAAACCGUUGAGAAUAUUCACAAUAUACCUAUUCCUGAUGGGAAUUUCAAUUUGUGAUCUUUGUAGAUUGACUUCUUGUAUUAUCGAAUCACUGCGGUUUUAUUAUGAUUCCUAUCAACUAUCAAUAUUGGCUGAAAAGUGUAUACCCCCAAGAUCAUAUUUACUAUCUUUUAUUCUACUUUACUCUGAUGCAUUAUCGAAAAUUUCUCAGAAGUUAUCAGUGUGGCUUGGCGUCACUAUGGCAAUGUUAAGAUUUCUUGCAGUAAAAUAUCCAAUGAAUCGAAGAGUACAAACUCUGAUUAAUUCAAACUAUGGAGCUCGUGUUGUUCUACUCAUUUGCCUUCUACAACUACCUUUCUGGAUUAUUGAUUUUUUGCAAUAUGAAAUUAUUGAAUACGAGCUAUGGACUAUUGCAACAGAUUGUCCAAACUAUUACAACAACUCCACACAAGUGGUCUAUUUUCAAAACUUUCGGAUGAUUGUAAAUGCCACUGUACGUACAAUUCAAGGACUUUUGGUCACAGCAAUACCCUCUAUUAUGCUAGUUGUUGCUACAGGAAUGUUGAUUUAUCAGCUCAAGCGUAUUAAGAAAGUGACAGUUUUGAGAAGCUCUCAUGGAAAUAAUAGCCAUGAAAAAUCUACAAAAUUGGUGAUAACUGUCACUAUAUCAUUUAUAAUAUCAACUGUACCAACUGGAGUGUGGUAUCUUAUUGAAUACAAAGCUUUCAAUUAUGGAACGAUUGUGCUUAUUGUAGACGAGAUUUCCGCAUUUUGUGAACUUUUUGCAAUUGCGAACGGAACUGUUCAUUUUUUACUUUGUUUGUUUUUAUGUUCACAAUAUCGGAAAAGUUAUAAGGAACUGUUUGGAUGUGGUGGACCCUGA